UUGACUUAUAUCGACUAUUCUUGUUAUUCGAAUUAUUAUUCAUUUAAAAACGGUUAGUUCAUUUUUUUUCGUUUCAUUUCAACGAAUUUCCUCCCGGGGCACCUGACUUUUAUUACCAUGAACUCGUGAAAUGGCGCCGGGAUGGUUUAUCAGUUUUACUGUAUAAAAACAUAGCAUUUUUUGAUGUCAUAUGUAUAUGAAUACUCUUUUCUUUACAGCAUGCCACGAUUUUUCCCAUUUUUUCCGUCGAAAAGACGUCGGACCGAUUCUGAAAACAUUGUCGCUGAAGAAAGUACCAGCAGUCAUUUUCCAACGACUUCCUCAACAGCUUCGCUCUCAACACUCGCACCAAAUGGAUCAACAGCACAGCAUCGAAGACAACACUCGACGGGCUCAUUUAAACCCGGUCUACCGCCAAUUGCACCACGUUUGAGUGCGCCAACAGUGACGAUUGGAACUGGAACAACAACAAGGAGAAGAGAAUCAAAUAAUAAUAAUCAUAGUAAUAUACGAAAUGGUGCUGGUGUAUCAACGUCAUCAAAUAUACCUGAUUUAUGGUAAGUUUGGGGGUCUGAAAAUGGGGUGAAGGAAAUAUUCGAAAUGACGUGUUUUUUUCUGAAUUGGAACACAUAUGACGUGGCAAAUUUAACAUAAUUUUUGGAAAACGUGAUUUUCAAAUACAAAAUUAAUAUUUUCAAACUCUAGGGAAAUCCUGUUUCAACUGGUCCGAAUCCAAAAAUUGUAGUUUUCAAAUUUUCCACGUCAUAACUAUAUCUCAUUUCUUGUUUUUUUCCAGCACCCAAAGUAUGGCUUUAUUGGACCCUGAAAAUAUACGAAUGGUAUUAAUUGAUGUCGACUCAAAAUGUUUAUACGAUACAACUACCGUAAUACCCAUCAGAAAUUCAACAACAAUUGCUAAAAAUGCCAAAAAUUUGUCCGUUUGUAAAAAAUUUGAAUUGCUAAAAAGGCGCAAAGACACACGAAUAUUGACACAAUUAUUAUUCGGAGCCGUUCCGACGGAAAGUGGAUCUGAAACUUUUAAAAUACAUAUAUUAGAGUGAGUUGAGAAAAUACAGUGAAGAAUUUCAAAAAUAAAUGUGUUUUUUUCAGCGAUGAAGAGAAAAUAUUAGUUAGUAAAACAUUUUAUAUGCCAAAACCGGAUCGAAAUAAACGAACAACGUCGGAAAAUCAAACAGUUAGCUCGGAUUCGGAUUCACAAAUGACAAUCAAAUCACUGGAUGGUUGGCAGAUGCGAACACACGUAACAAGAUCGACAACAUCUACACCCGAACAAUUUACACGUGUUCGACACGUUUCGAUUAAUUUGACUGAAGACGAAUCGACGGCUGAUUGUUCGAUAUCAUCAUCUUGUGCUCCGAGAGCAUUUUCACCUCCACAUCGAUUGUCAAGAAAUCGAAGAAGACAAAUGGCUGCUAAGACAAGUUUGAGUGAAAAUGGUUAGUUUUUUGUCUGAAAAUGAGCUGAUGAGAGCUUCAAAACUGAAAUUUGAACAUUCUCAACGUCAAUAAGAAAGCUUUUGCUGAAAACCAGAAGUAUUUCAAUGAAGAACAGGAAGUUGAUUUAUUUCCGGGAGGACAAGACAGCUUACAUUUUUUCGUUAUCAUUCAUUAAUACUUCUGUCUUCUUCCUCUUCUUCUUCAUUUUUCCUGUGUUGAUCACAAAUCACUUCUAAGAACAAGGAAAAGAAGAUAAUUGUAUUGAAAAGUGCAGAUUUGUUUGAAAUGAUCAAAAAUCAUUUUUUCUUUUUUUUGCAGGUGCAUGUUUGAAAUCUCGAUCUCGACUUUCAUCAAUGAAUUCAUCACAAACUGAAGACGAACACAGUAAUGAUCGACACGUUGCAUUGGGACUGCUGUUCCCAGGAGCACAACGACAUUUUCUGUUUCAACACAUGCCAUUAAUUGAGGCUGAAAUGUCGAGAUUUGAAGCGCGAAUGAUUAACAUCGGACAGAAUCCACCGUCGUUUUUCAUCAAUACACACAAUGCUUGGAAUGAUUUUGUAAAUACGAUUUGUUGUCUUCAUAAUGCUCCACGACUUCGAAAUCCAGUAUGGUUGUCAUUGAAUGAACACGUUGAUGAAGAGAAAAUUAUUGCGAAACAGUUUUGUGAUCAAUUGGCGUAUUUGUUGAAGAAAUAUGAAACCAAAGAGACCGGAUAGUGAGUUAUUUUUGAGAUUUUUAGGAAUGUGGGGGCUGGCCAGAGUACAAUUCUGAAAAAUAUGAAUUUCAGUUUUUAGAGGCCAAACUUCACAGUUUUUCUCCAAAAAAUGAUGCAUUUUUAUUCAGGAAACCACGAUUUUGGCCGAGGCACAGUAUUUUCCAAAAAAAUUAAUUCCAGAAUUGUAUUUAAUUCUCAAUACAUUUUGAAUUUUGAAAUUUAGAACGAGAAAAAAUGUUCAGAAAAAGUUUGGAAAAUAUAUUUUUUUUAAUUUUUGAAAACCCCCCGAAAAAAGUCUUCUUUCCAACCUCAACAUUUUGUUUUAUUCCAGUUUCUUCUCGAAUCUUGUUUCAACAAUUCUAAUGCAUCAUAUGUCUUGGGUUGCAAGUGUUGCGUCUCCACCUUUGGCUCGAAAUGAUCGACAAAUUCAAAAAUCAACAUCAAUGUUAUUCGGAAUGGCCACAAAUGAAGAUGCUCACGCACUCGGAUAUAAUGCACAUAUGGCACAAUAUCUUGAAUUGUCUGGAAGUUGUGGACCACAUCGAUCAGCAAAAACUGUGAUUUGUGGAGAUGACGCCGAAUUGAUGUCGACAAUUUGUCAAGUUUUGUCAUUUUUCAUUCGCUGCUCUGCAGUUCAACACGUUGAUGAGGAUAAAAUCGAGAAAUCAUCGUGGGAAUUGCCGAUUGAACAAGCGUUUUCGCCGAUUGAUGAUGAUGAUGCGACACUUGGAACAAGUCCCAUUGAAAUUCCGAGUCCACCAACUGAAGAUAAAUCAUCGGAUGAAGAUCGACGAAGUUUUGUGCAACAUCAACAGCAGAGAAGAAAAUUGAGACGUGAAGCGGCGACACAACCGAAAAAUACACCAAAUAUGAUGCCACCAAAUGGUUCGCCAUCGAGUUCGGUUGAUUCUUUGCCAUCGGUUGUAACACAAACUGCAGCAGUGAGUUUUUUUUUUCAAAAAGAGUUUUGAAUUUAAUUUAUUAUUUUGUUAUUUCAGAUUUGCGUAAUUGCGGAUGAUAAUGUGUCAGCAAUCACAAUAAUUGAUCGAAUUGAAUAUCCACCAUGUUGUGAUCAUCAUAGUACAACCGAUGAUGAAGAUACAGCAAGUCAUUCAGAUCUUUGGUCUCCAAGACCAAGUUCUGAUGGACUUGGUCGAAGUCUUUUUGCUGGACCAUUGAAUACAUAUUGCCCACAUUUUGUUGUCUCAUCGAUUUUGAAAAGUCAAGUAAAUAUGCCGGAAACAAUUAUGAAAAUGUUUGAAGAAGUUCGAUGUGCUGAUACACCGUGUCAUCGUGCUGUUGCAGCCGCUUCGAAUCCAAAUCUAUCCUCCCCAAUUCCAUCAACUUCUCCAUAUGAUGUUCAACUACCGGAAAAUGUGUUAAUAAUGGCGGAUAUCGAUGAAUUGAGUGUGAAAGUGAUUUCAAGUGAAGGAUUUGAUGAAGUAACAUCACCGCCUGAAGUAAUUGUAUCAAUGUUUGAAUCAUUCGUCACUUUAUACAAUGAUCCAUUAAAUCUAGGAACCGAUUUUAUUUUGUCGUGUAUUGAAGAUGAAUUGGGACAAAUUGUUGGAAAAAGUUUAACAUUAGUUGAAAUGGUCGCCCGAGAUGGUGAAGUGAGUUUUUUAAGGGGAAUUACGAUUCUGAAUAUUGUAGAUUUGAAUUUUUUGCUAUGAGAAGGUGACGUGGCAAUUAGUAAAUUUUCCUUUUUUUUCUCGAAAUUAUAUAAAAAACUAGGCCACGUUAUCAAAUUUCAUUUUCUAAUUUCCGAAAAUAAUUUCAAUUUUUUGCAGGCUCCCGAACUAACACCAGAACGUGUUCGAACAAUUGUCGGAUGCGAUUAUUCGGAUUUGAGACUAAUAGUGAAUGUUGCAGCCGUUUAUUGUCCUCCAGUUCUAUCAUCAGUAUUUGGAUGA